AAAGUUCACUUACGUACCUGCUAGCUGCUACGAGGGCGAUCAGUUCAGAGCAACACGAGUGUGUGUGGACCGAAAAAACAGAAGUCAAGACGUCACUUAUUUGGACAGUAUCCUGUACCAUCCAGAUUCUUUUUACAUUUGACAAGGAAACAAUGGAUAAUUUGUGCAAAAAAGAAGCUGAAGAGAGACCCUCAAAAGUCCUGAAGCAGGAAAGGAUGGAUGAUUCAUGUGAGAAAGCAGCCUCAUCAAAAUAUGAUCCUCAGCAGAGUGCUGAAGGGCAAAGCCACCCUUUUCAUUUCCGUUACAAAUCCAAGAAACAUGCCGUGGAGUGUGAUACAUCCAAGACUGUGCUUGAUGCUCUUAAUACAAACAAGACUUUCAGAAAAAUGAAAAAAGACAACAUGGAUAAAGAAAUAGUGAUCCAGAGAUCCAAAGGAGCAGUUCCUAGAGCGGCUGUGAAGACUGAUUUCCCCUGCUGUCUUAUUGAAAAUGAUGAGCUCUUAGAUAUAACCUUCAUCAAAAAUAGUGGAAAUGUUCCUUCAAAGAAAAAAACCACUGGAAGGCCUUCAGUCUCUAGUGAAUCAGAAAACUUAGUAACCUUUAACAUCAAAACAAAAGGAGGGAAGAAAGUAAAAUGCUUAAUGAAAAACAAUAAGCUGAGGAUGAAGGUUGAUGAUGUUUGUGUGUACGCAUUCAAAGAAGACAAACUGAAGGCUGCUCUGCAGCGUGACGGACGCUUCACCAAUGUCCUUUUCCAGAAACGGUGUGCACUUUCUGAGCUUGGAAGCGAAACAAUCUAUGAAAUGUCCCACGCUGUAAAGCAUCUGGAUGGAAAGCAUUUCGAGAUCAUUGUUAUCAGUGACAAAAACCAGCCAGAUAGCCAAGAUGUAUUGAGUGAUGUUAGCCCUGAAAUGAAUGAAGCUGCAGCCGCUGAUUUGAAAGAAGAUCCUAACCAGCAUCCCAACACUGAACAAUCCCAAAUGAGAAACACAAUGAAAUCCACAAAUACUUCAACCAAUUCUCUUAAAAUAAUUCCAGACCCUGACGAGAUUCUCCAAAUUCUCCGUAAUCAGUACAAAGUUUUAGUGAAUGCAUUAAAGAAACGUGAAAAACUGAAAGACUCUCAAGUUCAAACAUUCUUCAGAGCGGAAUAUGAUAAAAGCGUUCAGAGUUUCUCUGAGGUGAAGAAAGUGAAGCAGCUCAUGAGAUUCUCUGACUCUGUGUGUCAGAUUCGAGUGGAGGGAUCCGCCAGAGGAACCGGCUUCUUACUGUUUGACAGAUUCAUUCUCACCAAUGCUCAUGUUAUUGGAGAAUUUGACCCUUUCACCAGGAAGCUUUCAAAGACCCUCACAGCAGUAUUUGGCUAUGAAGAUCUGGAAGCAAAGGAGACCAAGUGUGUGCUGGUUAAGGAGCAUGUUGCAAAAACCUAUUAUGGCGAUGUGGAAAUUGACAAGCAUCUUGACUAUGCUCUUCUUGAACUGCAAGACACUGAUGAAAUCACAGGAUGUCCUGAGUUGCUCAGUUAUUACAGUCCUGGCCCCCCUCCUAAUCGUGGUGGGAUCUGCAUUGUGGGACAUCCAGAUGGUGGAAUUAAGAGAAUGGACCCCUGCUUCAUCAUUGAGAGAGAGGAUCUACAAGUGGAUAUGUUCAUUCAUAUGAUGAGAAAGAGGAGUUUUGAAAAUAAAUGGCACAUUCAUGGAAACCAGAUCACUUAUGACUCUUGUUUCUUUGAAGGAUCUUCUGGCUCUCCAGUUUUUGAUGAAGACUGCAAACUGAUUGGUAUCCAUACAGGUGGCUACUGGAGCCAAACUGAAGGCAAAAAGAGUCAUUUUAAGGAAUUUGCCUAUUCCCUGCAGGCUAUCCUGGAUGACAUUGAAGCAAAGCUAGGUAAAAUCGUAAUACCAGUAGCAAAUAAAAGCAAUGUAUCAAAACAAUACAAUCAGAUCAACUAUGAGAUGGAAGAGACUGAAGAGUCUUGAAUGAAGCAGUCCACAUGUCUCUGCAGCUUACUGCAAAGAGACCUAAAAUUCAGACAGAUUUGUCAAAUGUUUUUACUUUACUUUUUUUUUUUUGGUCCUUUAUCUUUGACAUCAAUAUGUAGAUAUGAUUCAAAAGAAGAAGUUACACAUUUGUUUCUCAUUUUUGACAAGUCAUGUAUCAUGAUUCUUACUUGGGGUUGAUUUUGGGUCUGGUGCAAAGAAAAUAGAACAGUAAAUAUUAUUCAUUUGGCAGAGACCAAAGAUACAGUUAUAGCCCUGUCUUUAUUGUAUUUUUGUUACAUUGCUAUUCAUAUAUAUGUGUGUACAUACUCAUUUA